AUGGAGGCGCAUUGGAAGGCAUACAGGGACCAACUGACGCAGCAUCUCCGGGAGCAGAGUGAGCAGGAGUCCGAGGAAGCGACGGUGCGUGACGGUGUCUCUAACAAUGGCUCGAUCGCCGACACUGCCGUAUCCUCUAUUACCGCCGCUGCUGCCGCUCGCCACAGCGACCCUCCCCCUCUGGACGACGCGCUUGCAAAGUAUGUACUCAGCGUGCUAACACGGUUCUUGCAUGAUGUCCCCACGGCCGAGGAUCCCGACGCCAAAGCAGAAACCGCUACCACGAACAGCACAAACAACAAGAAGAAGGGAGCAGAGAUCGAAAGUGCCCCCAUUGCUUCAUCACACAAUACCGUAAACAUCCAGGAGGUCGAGAUUUCGAACGAGAUUUACAAGACUGCGGGACGGGUCCUCUUCUACAUCAGCGCAUCGAACUGGCCCAUUGUAUUUGCUCGACUCAAAGCGAGGAUCCAGCAUCUGACGACGACGAAUGACGACUGGCCAGAGACUGCGGAGCUCAAGCUGCUUGAGACCGCCAGUCUAAAUCAGCGUCGACUCGGCCAGGUCUUGACUGAAUUACGUUCGACAUUUUUGCACCUCAAGCGCUCUGCCCAGACUGUCAUGGGUCAGGUGCUUCAUAAAGCGAUCUGGAACUGGAUCGAGGUGUUCCCUUCAGAGUUCGUCCAUCUCUGUCAGACUCAAAAGCGCAUGGAGGGGGAGCCUCAUAUACUGUUCGAUAUCUGCCACUCUCUUGCGACAGACAACAAGCGCAGGAUACACUUUUGGCCCCUGCAAACCAUGCUGCUAAUUCUCUGCCCAGACAUUCUUCUGAACGCCGCUAUGAACGACAAUCGCAACAACAUGUCCAAAAAGGCCCAGUUUCUGGAGGCGCUCAAAAAAUCGCUGCGCAACAAGAGCUUAAUGGAGAUUGCAGGACUUUGCUAUGUCGACGUGUGCAAAGCAUCGACAUACGUCUCCAAAAAUGAUACAUCUGCGUUGCGCCAUAUUGUGCCAGAGAUCGAGAACGAGUUGAAGGAACUCCUCUUUACACCAUCAAAGCCCUAUGUGGAUCCCGAAGGCGCCACCGAUAAAGCAACGAUGUCAGCCUGUCUCACAGCGCUUUAUCGCCUGAACCCGCGCCAUGUUAUCCAUUCUCUUAUCCCCGAGCUGUCGAGCGACAGGGCACCAAUCGCGUUCAAGCUUGUUCUAGUCCAGUCCUUCUAUACAAUCGCCUCCGAAGAGGAACGUCUGCCAUGGAACCCUUCGAUUCAGCCUGCCACAUCUGCUCUAGGGGCACCGUUGAGAAAGAUGUUUGCAGAGAAUGUUGUCCGGGAAAGGCCUGCUGAGAUUAUGGCCAAGAAACUCCACAUUGAUCGAAAGCUCAAGAAACAGAUGUUGGACAACGCCAGGGAUAAACAGGAAUUGAUUAUUUGCCUGUUGAAGAUGUAUCAGAUCGACCCAGCUCUUGCUGUUGCGACGGAAACUCCGGAGGCAGUCGAGGAGGAGAUCCAUCAGCUUUUGAAGGGUUUGCUUCUAUGCUUGAAUGACCUUCACGUUGGAAUCCGGACGACGGCGGGUGAGGUGUUGCUUCAACUGUUCGAUUCCAGGAUCAUCGAGCGCUGGGGCUCGGGUGCCAACCUCAUGGUUACCUUCUGGAACUUGAGCUCGGACGUUAUUAUCUCGAUUGCCCGCCAUCUCAUGGAGCUCAAAUGCACAGACGAAAAGUCGCGCUUUCUCUUGGAGUUGUUGCAGCAACUCAUGUCCCGCCGAAACAUAUUCCUGAAGGAUCACCAGGACCUUGCGAUUGCAUGCCACGAUAUCCCAAAGAGAUUCGCGACCAGCGUUGCCCUCGAGAUUGCUCUUUUGAUCCUCAUAUGUGCUUCGGAGCAAGACAUCUGUACCAUGGCUGUAAACUGUAUCAGUCUUCUGUGUGAAGAGACAGUUAUCACUCAGGAGGUCAUAAAUCCCAACGUCGGGCAGCUUUCAUUGCUAGAGAACAUUGAUGUCUACAUGGAGCUCUCCGCCCCAAGUGCUGUUGUGGCGGGUCGAAUCUCUCAGCAAAAGCGCCUGCGUCGAAUCAUUCGUCAGAUCUCUCAACCAACACCCGGCAAUCUAGGCGCAUGGGAGGAGGCCUAUCGUCGCUGGAAAAACAUCACGGUGUUCUGGACGAAGGACGAGAUUGCCUUCUAUGAGAACAUGGAACCAUUUGAAAAAAGUCGGAACGCCAAGCGCUCCACUGCCCUUCCUCCACCUCCCAAGGGAGGCUUUGUGGUCGAUCCUUCGAACUCUCGUAACGCAGAGUGGCAAAAUUUCACGGGAUUCCUUGCAGCGCUGGCUGGCGCCUCGUUGCCGUCGAACGCUACUCCUAGAACAAAUGCUUCGGGUGAGAAUUUCCGUCGCUCAUCUGUAAACGAGACCAAGGCGGCGCAGGCGAGUGUCGAGCGCUACAUGCUCGAUAUGGUCCAGCUUCUCGUCAAUGAGCAGGUCUUUGUACGUGAUGUGGUCAAGCAGACACUCGGAUCGGAGCUGUCGCCAGCAUUAUAUCCUGUUUUGUUCAAGCAGUUGAUCUAUGUGGUCUCCCGCUUCUUCAACAGCCACGGCGAGCCUUUGUGCACGGACCAGUAUACAAUGUUUGUCGACCAGGCGAUCUCUGUUCUCAAACUUGUUUUGGAUCGAAUGUCAUCUCCGGCGGACGCUAUCUUUUCGGUGGACUUUGGGGCCUUAGUUCUGUAUUUUGCACGCUAUCUUCACCGUCUCGGGCACAGCCUAAACGGUUUGCGCGUCAAGAUCAAGAUGUGCCAACUGUGCGAAACGCUCAUGCAAAAGAAGGAAUACAUCAGUCUCCGACAGGAAAUCCGUCUCCGGAACAAAAUGGUUGAGGUCAUGAUCGAGUGGACCUCGGACUUUUCACUAGUAAGUCCAACGGAGAUGCCAUCGUACGUGGAGGAAAAGGACGACCCAGCGAACAACGGGCGACUGUAUCGCGACUUGGACCUUGCCUGUAUGAAAUCCAUUGUAGCGCUCCUGUACCAACUGCCUCUACAGCCAUACGAAACGACGCACGAUACAGACAUGACACAGAUCCGCUCAGCCAUCUUUUACCGGUACUUCAACUUUUUCCUCAAGCUGCUGAACCGGUGUCGCGUUCUCGAGUACAUCGAGUCUGGACCGUCGUAUCACAGGCAGAAUAAUGAGGAUCUCGCGCUUCUCUUUGCCAAGUCCAAAGCCAUUGUUCGUGAUCUAGGUCCGCUAAAGGAAUACACAAUCAAAGCACUUUCAAACAUGCUGAGUGCUAACAUCGAAACCGGACUGAAUUACUCACUAUCCAUGGGAUAUCACGAGGACGACCGAACUCGCACUGCCUUUAUGCAGGUCUUGACCAAUAUUCUCAAGCAAGGAACCGAAUUUGCAGUCUUGUCAGAAAGUGCUAUGGAGGAUCGCUAUGAGAAGCUGAUCGACCUCAUUGCUUCACCGGAUCUCACGCUUGUGCUUUCAUUGUGCCAAGUGUGUCCGGUGAGCGAGAUUGAUGAUCUUGCUAUUGUCUUACUGCAUGUAUUCGAGAGCCGUGGAUUGGCGAUGCCAUUGCUGAAGGCCAUUAUCAUGAAGGAGGUCAGAGAGACUGGCGAAUCCGAGUUGUUUAGAAGAAACUGCAUGGCCACUAGGCUGCUGACAGUGUUCGCCAAGAUCAACGGCGCAGAAUACCUCAAGAGCACGCUCCAACCGCUCUUGAACGCGCUCAUGACUCUUCCUGCACAAGGUUCCUACGAGCUUGACCCCACGCGUCUGGGCCCUGAAGAGGACAUCAAUGCCAACUUCGAGAACCUGAAGCACAUGGCGCAGGUGUUCUUGGAUACCAUCACCGAAUCGGCGUCAAAUGUCCCAAAUUCAUUCAGAGAAGUCUGUUGGUACCUGUCGCAGGCUGUCGGGGAGCGAUUCCCAGAUGCAAAAUUCACUGCCGUCGGUGGCUUCAUUUUUUUGCGUUUCCUAUGUCCCGCUAUCGUGGCUCCAGAGUCGGAUGGCCUGCUGCAGGGACCCAUCGAGAACGCCAAAGUCCGCCGUGGACUGUUACUGAUUACGAAGGUGAUCCAGAACUUGGCUAACAACGUUCUCUUCGGAGCCAAGGAACCUUUCAUGAUCGUUCUCAACACGUUCCUGACGUCCAACAUUCACAAAGUCACCCGAUUCCUUGGAAAUAUCUCGACGCCUCAACAGUUGGAGCCAGCAUCAACCGAUCCUGCACACUACCGUGCAAUCGAUGUAGGCGACCGGUCUUCACUCCACCGCCAUCUAGUCUUGAACCUGGAGAGGAUGAGCAAGGACUUGACAAUGAAGACAUCUGCGGAACUGGAGGAGGAUAAGACUUAUUUGAUAACCAAGCGCUCAUUCGACACGCUCUCGACGCUGCUGGCGCAACUUGGACCGCCCCCAGAACGCCACCGUCGCGAUGUGGUACCCGUGACCCUGAACACAGCCCCCAAUAUCCACCAGUACCACGAAUUCAUGCGCAAGAACAGAGGACGGACCAUCGACAAUCUGCUCAAGGACGGGGUCUUUUACGAGGGUGGAUUAUCCAAGGAGCGUCGACCAGUCUUUUACUUCGUAAUGCGCAAGUUGUCGUUGGACAGUGUCGAUCUGGAGACGGUGAUGUAUCGCAUCUUUUUGCUUCUCGAACCUGUCGCGAACAAGUCCUACGACUUGAUAGUCGAUGUAACUGGCUUUGGUUCUUCCAACGAGAUCUCAGACCAUAACAUCAGCCAGUUUUUACAGCUCCUGCCCACGGACACUGCGAUCGGACUCUGCAACCUGUACUUUAUCAACGUCAAUACGGCCUUCCGGCGGUACACCAAGUCUCUUUCUCGACAAUUGACUAGCAGGAUCGCCAAGAGGAUCAUCUUUCCAUCGAACCUGCACGAGUUGAGCGAAUUUAUAUCUCCUUCAGAACUGCGAUUGCCAAAGUCAACCACAUCGCUUGAAGCGGAUGCGAACAUUGGCAUUGCUGGCGUCAACAAACUGACCCUUGGAUCGCCACCAACACCGGUCAUGUUCAAGAUUGGGCACGAGGUGAUCCAGGUUGUCAUGCAAAAGAAGCAGGACAUCUUUGCAGGAAUGAGCUGUCAGUACAACGAUGUCUAUCACAUUAGCGAACUGGACGAUAUAUCAAAGGCACACAGUCGCGGGGACGAUGGCGAGUUCUUUAUCAUUUACGAAGAAGGCACCAUGUCCAUGACCUUCACCUCACCUAAGCGGGACCAGAUCAUCUCUGCAAUCGCUAAAACCAAGCAGAGGUUCUUGGCCUCCAAGCCUGCGAACUAUAGUGCACGAGUCAUCCGUCCAAACGAUGUGCCAGGGACACUGCUUACAAUGGCUAUGUUUAACCUGUCGAGCCCAGAUUCAGCGUUGCGCCUGGCGUCGUAUAACUUGCUCUGUGCUCUCUCGGAUACUUUUAAAUUUGAUACUGGAAACCAACUGCUCAGCGCCAAGGGUCUGUGCAUCCCCACCAACAACGCACCGUUUAUUCGUCGGAUGAGCGAGAUGCUGGCCCGGACCGAGAGUCAUUUGACGCUCGAGUUCCUCACAGAAUGCUUUGUUGGAUUCCAAAAGACACCCAAGGCGUUGAAGCCCCGCUGUCUUGAGUUUGUAUCGCCAUGGCUGUCCAAUUUGGCAAAGUAUUGCCGCAGCUCUAGCGAUAACCAUGCCGGCUUUGCCAAGACGCGAGAGAUCAUUAAGGGUCUGAUCGACAUGACAGUGAACGAGCCCGAGAUUUAUGGGGCCAUGCAGGACAUCAUCUGGAGUCGCGUAGAGGAGAUCGAUGCGCUUGUCGUUCUGGUGCUGGAUCUGUUUAUCACUGAGUCGAUGGAGGGAGGCAUCGGAUCUGUUCAGGCCGAGAAGCUAGGGGAUACCUUGGUGACGCUUUCGUCGGUCUCGAUUAGUGGCAAGGUCAUCUCUCGCCUUCGUAAGGUGAUCUCAAAGACGGGGUUGAAACCUAUGCGACAACUGACGGAUCACCCGUCCUGGACGGAAAUUGGCGUGCUGGUACGGUUCUGCAUGAACCUGUCAUUCAACGAUACCAAGGAUGUACUCAACUUUUUGCCGGAAGUGUGCCACAUAGUAACGUUGUUGGUCGCUGCAGGAGCCUCAGUAGUCCGCUCAGCUGUCCACGGCAUGGUGACGAAUAUUGUGCAGGCGCUGGCGACCACCAUUCCUGCAAGUGAACCCAACCAUUCGAAGCUUCUGGAUCUGUUGCAGGAGCUUUCAGAAAACAAAUUCCGGAUGCUCUUUGGACUGAGUCGAUCGUACAGCAACUCGUUUGUGAUCUCUCCUGAAACGCUGAAAGACUUCAAUGAACCGAUGCCUCUGUCAUGGCUGGAGAAUAUUUGCAAGGCCCUGAUGGAUGUUAUCGAACUCGGAUCGCCUACGAAUGACGCCGCCAAUGCUGCCAGAGCUCGCUGGAUGGGUCUGGUGACGAGCACAGCGUUCCAGUUUAACCCGGCUAUUCAACCGCGAGCAUUUGUGGCAUUGGGAUGUCUGGCAAGGGAGGAAGUCGACGACGAUUUGCUGUACCAGAUCUUAGUGGCCCUUCGCGGCGCGCUUGCCAUGUUUGUGGAGUCUGACUGCAACCUGAUUGCCAGCAUUGUAAUGUGCUUAACUAACAUUGCGGCGAAUCUUCCGGCGGAAUCACGAUACCUUCAACAUAUGUUCUGGCUGGGAUUGUCGAUUGUGGAGAUUGGUCAUGUCCCGCUUUUCACAUGUGCGCUCGAGCUGCUACAGGCUGUUCUGAAGGUUCUGGAUGCACAGGGAUUCUUUAUUCACGAGCCUUUGGAUGAAGUGCUCCUGCAGGCGAGAAUUCCGCUGCUGGAUGUGACCAGGGAUCUGGAUGAGUCUGUUGGGCUGAAUUUUGAGACGCAUUUCUCGUUUGGAGUGGCGGGUGCGCUCCUGAAGGGGCUGAAGCAUCCGUCGACAAAGACGAUCACGACAGAUGUUCUCCGAUUGAUUUUGCAGAUUGCUGUGAAGGGAACCCAGCCAGAUGUGGUGGACGUGCGGGUGAUGGGAUAUCUCGCGGCGCUGUUGCCGCAGGCAGCCAGGAACAUGGAGCUGAAGGAAUUGCUGCAGAUGGUCGGGAUCACGUCGAUGGAGAUCAACAACACGCUGUUAAACGACACAUACUACAAGAUGUUUGAUCAUUUGGUGAUCCCGGACAACACCACGGGUCUGCUGCUGGUUACCCUGGUGGUAACGAUGCUUCAGAAUGCCGAGACGGAGUCGGAAAGAUUGUUUUUGUAUGCAUUCCUAGCGGAGGCUGCUGUUGCUCUCCCUGAGGUCUUUGCGCUUGUAUACGAGUCGCUCUUGCCAAAGAUGAACCAGAUUAUCAAUAGCUCGCAAGUGGUUCCUAUCAUUGACGCAGUGCAGUCUAUCAUCUUUGCGGUUGUGGCAGACCCGGUGCUGAGCGCGGCGGCGGCCAAUACCCAGAAGGCGAGUCAGCUGGCGUAUCUGACAGAGCUGGGGUUUGCAGGGCUGAUGGACACAGGUGCACCCGGAUUCAACACCAGCAAUGGACGACCCACUGUACAUAAGCAUGCAUUGUUGGUCAGCGAACUUGUUGAGAGGAUCAUUCAGUGA